AUUGAAUUGUCAAUUGAUUUCUUCGCCACAAAGACUGUCAAUAAGUUUCUGAUUAAUAAAACAAGUGUUGAAUUGAGACGAGUCUUAAGCCAUGCAUUACUACAGAGUCUUACUCUCUGUCACUCAUCUCAGGACUCCGGUAUUGGUCUCGCUAUCGAUGGUCGGCGCCGACCGCUGGCGGCGACACAACCGGACGGACGACAGACCACUGGCGGCGGACUUACAGCCAAAGGCCUUGUUUGGGACAAUCGGCACGGGAUGGCCGGCGGUGUCGGGCCUAAGACGGGCCCGUAUGGACGAAACCCCGGAAAAAAUAGCAAAGAAAGCGUUUAAUAGUUUGGUAACAGUGAAACAGACUGUAGUCGAGGGUCAGGUACCGGAGGUCGAGCCAGAGGGCACACCAGACGGCGGACGAGUAUACACUGUGGCCACUGGUUUUGUAGUGCACGUUAAGAGCCAAUCCGUGAACUACGUGGUGACCACCGCGAAGGCCGUGGGCAAUGCCAAAUACGUGACACUUAGCAAACCGGGCUUUAAGGACUUUAAGGCACGCUGUUUGGUGCGGUACAGGGAGCCGGAGAGCGACCUGGCACUUGUUGUUUUGCCGCCAAAGUACAUUGUCACAACAACCAAGUCGUAUGCCAUCGACUUUGUCGGCCCGGAUGUCCUCAAAGAGUUGAAAGCCACGCGCGAUGUCCUGACGGUGACCAGCGCUGAGACAUACACGUCGGUCACCAGCGGUAUUGUGGCCCAUAAGUGCCGAACCGGCGCUGAGAUCACCAAGAUUGGCAAGAAGUACGGCUUUAUCACACCCGACAUGAAGUAUAUACAACACACGGCCGCCUUUCCCUUUGACACCGUUGGCAGUCCACUAAUCGAUCUCAAAACUGGUCAUGUGUUGGGCGUGUCUUUCUAUCAACAGCUGGUCGACGGGGUUUCCCUGUAUUUCGCGAUUCCCAGCUAUGAGAUCCGA